ACUUGUUCCUGCAGCUUCAGAGCACGGAGACUUUGUUGCUUAUUGUAUGGUUUAAUUAUCUGCAGAAGGAUGCGUCCCCUCCUUGUACUGCUCAUUCUGGGGGUGUCUGGUGCUUACUGUGGCAGUCACAUGCUGCAGUAUUAUUACACAGCGGUCUCAGAGCCAGGACAUGGGCUGCCUGUGUUUGUUAUAGUUGGUUACGUGGAUGAGAAGCAGAUAAUGAGAUAUGACAGUGACUCUCACAGAGCCCGACCUGCUGUUCAGUGGAUGGAGACGGUUGAGGAGGAUCCUGGUUACUGGGAAAGACAGACACAGAUCAGCAAAGGCAAUGAGGCUUCAUUCAAACAGAAUGUGAAGAUAGUGAUGAGCCGCCUCAACCAGACAGCAGGUUUUCAUUCUGUGCAGCACAUGUACGGCUGUGAGCUGUAUGAUGACGGCAGCACCAGGGGGUAUAAUCAGCACGGUUAUGAUGGGAGAGAAUUCCUCACCCUGGAUACAGACAGAGGGAUCUGGGUCCCUAUAAUGACUGAGGCUCAGAUCACUACACAGAGAUGGAACAGCCCAGAGGUCGGUGCUGCUGAGAGAAACAAGAAUUACCUGCAGGGGAGAUGUAUCGAGUAUCUGAGGAAAUACAUCAGAGCUGGGAGCGCGGAGCUGGAGAGGAAAGUUAUCUCACAAGUGAAGGUUUCUGGUCACCAAUCAGACGCUGGGACAAAGCUUCACUGCCGGGUGUACGGGUUUUACCCUAAAGCUGUGGAUGUCAAGUGGGUGAAGAACGGAGAAAUCGAUUUAAUGUCAGAGGAGGCAGCACAGGUCCUCCCCAACCCUGAUGGGACCUAUCAGCUCAGGGUCACUGUGGAGGUGAUACCUAAGGACGGGGACAGUUUCUCCUGUCAUGUGGAUCACAGCAGCCUGAAGGAGCCACUUACUGUGCUUUGGGGGCUACAAGUCACACACAGACAAGUGCUGAAGGAUCCGCCAGUAUCUGAGAGGGAGGAGUCACAUCCCUUCCCGCGUGCGCUGUGUGUUUAUAUCACUCUGGCACAUGCAGCUGACUGUGUCACAUACACAUCUGAAAUAAUCUGCUUUUACAUUAUACGCAGUUGUUUUACUGUCAUUUUAGUUCUUACUAUAAGAUUAAUACUCAGUAAAUUCAUCUCACACACAAUCAUGUUAAACCGUCUGACUCAUUCAGUACAUUAUUCAUUCAUUUACUUGCUUGGCUGAAAUAGGAAUUUAGGAGCGGGUUUGUAUUUUUGUUAAAUUCUAAUGUAAAUAGUGUUUUUCUUGGAAUUUGCUGAAUUACUGAGGAUUUGUACAAUUUUUUCAAGUUAUUAAUAUCAAGAGUUAAUGGAUUAAAAAAGAUAACAUUUUCCAAAUACUAUUUUUAUAUUAUUCCAAAUACAUAAUAUAACAGCAUUUCCUGACACUUAAGGGGACAUGAAACCGACAUUUUUUUCUUUCAUGAUUUAGAUAGAGGAUACAAAUUUAAACAACUUUCCAAUUUACCUCUAUUUCAUAAUUUGCUUCAUUCUCUUGGCAUUCUUUGUUGAAGUAGCAACAGUGCAUUCCUGGGAGCUAGUUAACGUGUUAAGCGAGCCAAUAAUAUGAGGCAUAAAUGUGCAGCCACCAGUCCGCAGCUCCGGAGCCUACCUAAGUAUCCCUUUUUAACAAAGAACACCAAGAGAACAAAAUAAAUUAGAUAAUUUAAGUAAAUUGACAAGUUGUUUAAAAUGACAUGCUCCAUCUGAAUCAUGAAAGAAAAAAUAUGGAUUUUAUGUCCCUUUAAUUACACAUAAAUGACUGGGUUUCCCAUGUGAAGCUGAGUGCACUGUAUAAAUACACAGAGUACAGACAGCCAUACAUAUGUAACAUUUAAUACUUUAUCUACUUAAUGAUAUUAUACAAUCUAGAAACUGGUUUUAAUUUGUAUUUACAUUUGGAAAAAAAAUACCACUAUACCAAGAUCUUAUAGUUACUUGUACAGAUCUUACACUUGUGCAGAUCUUAUACUUGCACAGUGCUUCUGUUUAAGUGAAUAUCAUAGAAAAUUGUUUAUUUUUUAGUUUAAAUUAAUGGUGUGAUGAAUAGUGACGUGCAGUCACUAGAGGCAGGUGAGGCAGGGCUUCACCUUUCAUAUGGGCAAAAAUAUAUAUAUAUAUUUUAUUGGCUUUAAAAAAAAAAUAUUGCAAUUUUUUUUCCCCCAGCAUUUUUUUUACAGCUACAUGUUGUGCAAUGGAGAGGCACAAGCAGGUCUGCCGGAUGCUGCCCUCCAUUACACAACAUGCUGCGCCACCUACUGGAUGAAAGUGGUUAAGAUCAUUGCAUGGCCCAUAAGUGCUUAUUUGAGGCAGGCCUCUUUUGGGCUGACCCAAUCCAGUGAUAGACAAUCAUCAGUCAGGGGAACUUAGGGUUGGGGCUGGAUGUUAAAUCAUAUAAAACAAAACAAAAACGGAACAAAACUACUUUAAUUUAUUUUGUUGCUGCCCUGUGCAGCUGCCAGCUUUGCUUCAGUGAAAAAGAGAGUUCUGUACUUCUCCUCCAAGUGCAGUGGAAUGUGCCACUGUCACUUCCUUACAGAGCAAGAAGAGAUGCAGUGAGCAGUGUUUUAGCCACAUUUUAUUAAAGUAAGUGCUGCAACCAUAGAUUUUACUGAAAGGGAUUCUGUUAGUGAAAAUUAUAAUUUAAUGAAUGUGGUUUAGUGGGUUUUGUUUUGUUUUUUUACUCUUUUACAGCAGUUUAAGGAUCGUUUUUGUAUUUUGUUUAUUCAACUUUACAUUCACUACCUUAGCAGCUUGCCUCUGUACUGCACACUAGUUUAUAGUCUCACUCUCUUUCUGACUUAUGAACUCUCUGUAGCUCUGCAACAGUGUUUUCUCACAACAUUAUCUUACUAUUAUGCUGUUUGUAUGGAUGAGUUGUUAUUUGAUCAGAGUAAGCUAGACCAAAAGCAUGGUAAUGUAAAAUGAAACCAAGCAGUUUAGAAUGAGUUAUAGCAAAUAUUCUCCAUGGCCCCUGUAGCUAUACAAGUAUUUAAUUUAAAGCAGUGGUUCAUUAGGUGUAUGUUGGACAACCCUGAUGUAGACAACAAAUAAUAAUUUAUUAAUGCUUCCAUUCAUAUGUGCUGUUCUGUUUCAGAUAUUUAAAAUAGAUUGUAUACUAUUAGUAUUUUAUAAUCACUUAAAAUAUUACUUAAAAAUUCAGUGGUGUCUCCCCCCCAUUCAGUGGUCCCUCUCCCCCCCCCCAACUUGUGUGUCUCUCUCCCUCUCUCUCUCUCUAUCCAUCUCUCUUUCUCUAUCCGUCUCUCUCCCUGUCUCUACCACUCCCUCUGUCUCUCUCCUUAUGUGUCGUUCUCCCCCAUGGUCUCUUUCUCUCUCUGACUCUCUCAUCCCUUAUGUGUCACUCUAACCCUCUGUGUGUGAUUGUGUGUCUCUCUCUUUCUCUCUCUCUAACCCUCUGUGUCUCUCUCCCCCUGUCUCUCGCUCCCUUUCCCCUGUCUCUCUCUCCUUCUUCCCCUGAGUGCUUUUCUGUGUUUCUGUCUACCUUUUAUUUAUUUAAUUAAUGAAUUGGUAGUGCCAUCUGAGGGUGUUGCUUUAUUUAAAGGGGUGGGGUCAAGCACCCCACCAUAUUUAAAUUUCACCAACUGCCACUGGAUCAAGACAUUUUUAUAUUUACUAAAUAAUGAAGGAAUCUAUAAGCAUAAUUUGCAGCAUUAAAGUAAAAAGUAUGUUUUAAACAUGUUAAUGGGCCUGGAUUUCUAGAUCUCAUAAUCAGAGCAAGCAUUUUGUUAUCUGGCAAGAGUUUCUGUUACAAUCCUUUAGACUAAAAUCAGAUGUUUACUAAGUUGACCAGUUUUCCAAGACACAAUUUAAAGGGACAUGCAACCCAUAUGUUUUCUUUCAUGAUUUAGAAAGAGCAUGCAAUUUUAAAUAACUUUCUAUUUUACAUCGAAUAUCUAAUUUUCUUCAUUCUUUUGAUAUCCUUUGUUGAAAAUCAUAUCUAAAUAUGCUCAGUAGCUUUUGAUUGGUGGCUGCACAUAGAUACGUCAUGUGAUUGGCUCACCCAUGUGCAUUGCUAUUUCUUCAACAAAGGAUAUCUAAAGAAUGAAGGCGUAUCCUAGCCACUGCCUCACCAGCCUCUGACGUCACCGCACGAUGAUAAGUUGCACUGAGAAGUCUAGGGAUUUGUUAAUAAACACAUGAAUAAAGUAAUAGGACAAAUAAAUGCAAACCCAACACAUUUUUUGUUUCGGAAUUAACAUAAUUUAAGCUCAGUGGUGUUUUUUUUGGGUUUUUUUUAGACCAGGGCCCUUAUAAUUAAUGAUAUUACAAUCAGACCUAGAUCUCUGGUGUUAUACAGAGCCACUGUAUUUGUAGAAACAAAUAUCAUUUUGAUCCAUUUGACCAAUCACGUAUCCUGUCUCUUCUUAAAAUGAGAGUGUUUUUUAAAUUGAGCAAAGACACCAAUAUAAAUGUCACACACAUAUAUAUUAAGGUGAUAUCACAAGUGUCAUUAGUUGUUUUUGAUCAUAAUGUCUUUGGUGAGCAUUUGUUUUUUUUAUUGAUUUAUUAAUUUAAUCACAUUUUUAGUCAUUCUGGACACUGUCUAAAACAGGUCUGUCCAGCAUUUAUUCUCAAGGGCUGGGGACAGACUGAAUAUCCCUUUGUGAGAAAAUCUAAGCACCUAAGUGACUCGGCUGUGCUCAUACAGGAUGCCCUUAACGGGACAGUCUAGUUAAAAUUAAACUUUCAUGAUUCAGAUAGGGCCUGCAAUUUUAAACAACUUUCCAAUUUACUUUUAUCAUCAAAUUUGCUUUGUCUAGGUAUUCUUUGUUGAAAGCUUAGGCUUAGAUACAAGGUAAUUACAGAGAUAAAACAUAUAUUAAUAUAACUGUGUUGGUUAUGCAAAACUGGGGAAUGGAUAAUAAAGGGAUUAUCUAUCUUUUUAAACAUUAAAAAUUUGUGUGUGGACUUUCCCUUUAACAUCUGAUCUGUCUGCAGCCUUUAAGAACAAAUAUUAGACAAACCUGAUCCUAAAAAACAACAUGGUGAUCCCAAGAGGGUCUUUACCCAGGACAUAGGCUGCAAAUAAUUUCAACUAGAUUUUUUAAAUUAAUAAAAUAUUUAAAACAAA